AUGGCGAAGAAUCAUAUGGUACAGAAGGGAGAAUCAAAUAUUGCUGUGAAUGCAAGAGCAUUGCUAGGCGUGAAUCCAUUUACUCUUGAAAUUAAGGCCCUGGAUGGCCCUUACGACAGCGCACCUGUCUCUGCUCCAUUCCACGGACAAUUACCGAAAGUCUCAGGCGACAAUCUGAAGCUCUACACUGGAGGCUGUUGUUGUGGUGCCGUAACUCUAGCCGUGAAGCUCAAACCUAUGUCAGAGGUGGAGAUCAAGGAAGAUAACUGCAGUAUCUGCCAAAGGAAUGCCAAUAUCUGCAUUUACUCUCACCGAGACAGUGUCUCGAUUCACGGAUCUGAGAACACAUCAGAAUACCUCUUUCAGCGCAAGUUUAAUGGCCAUUGUUUCUGCCGAGUGUGUGGUGUGCAAUUAUACAUGAAAUUACACGGGCCACCCAAGGCCGUUGUGGACAAUUUGCCAGCAGAAAAACAGAAAAUGGUGCAAGAGAUGCUUGCAAUUGUACCGAUCAGACUCGCCGUUCUGGAUGGUGUCGAGUGGUCUGAAUGCCAUAUCAAGAGGUCUGAUGAAGGCACAGCAGGAUACGCGGUCUAA